UUUGAAUUUGUGGAAUAGAAAUCAAAGGAAGGUUACUUUUUAAAACUUUAAUUAAGUUUGCAAACUUUUUGAAAAUGAACUCGCAUUAUUACGGAUUCGAGAAAUCGGUUAGAGGGUUGCUUAGUCGUAUCAGAAAACUAGAAAUAAAUGUUAAAGCUCUGAUAUAUAAGUUGGAAACAGAAAACAAAACUUUAAAAUGGACGACAUAUCUGGAUAAUUUUAGUAGAAUAAUACAAGCUUUACAUAAUGUACAUUCAGCUUUGAAAUUUAGUAGUUGGAUCUCACUUGAAGAAUUUGUAAUAUAUCCCUUAAUGAUUUCGGAUCAAUUUGAUGAAGCGUUAUUUACUUUGACAGACGGGCGCAUGCCAGCUUUCACGAAAGACGUAAUGCAAAAUGCUUUGUCCACCGAACCAGAUUCUUUUGUUAAAGAAAAGUUUAGUCAAAAUAAACAAAAAGUUUCGAGUGAUUCAGUUUUAAAUCGCAAAGAAUUUAAUAACAAAAUAACAGAAGUAUUGGACGCAAUAGCUGUAUACCACGAAAAAUCAAAACGUUAUAAACGCAAAUCAAAAAAGAAGAGAAUACAGAAACAACAACGUAUUGGAGAUGAUACCUUGGAACUGGUUACUUUUGUAACAAUGGGUAAAAGUUUGAAUUCCGAAACCCCGUUACCCGUUGCCAGUUUAGAUAAUGCAGCUAAUGCAGCUAUUGCAACUAAUGCAGCUAUUGCAGCUAAUGCAGCUAUUGCAGAUACUGCAGCCGUUCCCGAUACUAUUACGGUUGAUACUAUUACUGAACCUGUCGUAAAACCUCGGAUUAAAAUCCGUGAAUUAAGUAAAAAUCAAAAAUUUAAGUAAAUAUUAUAAAUCUUUGUUAAAUAGAAUACAUCGAAGUUAUGCAAACAAAAUAAUUCCA